CAGGUAUGCGUUUUUCUAGGGUACCAGCCCGCAGUUUCCUAGUCAAUAUAAGCCUUGGCCCGACAUAUUGCUGGGUGGUUCCGCUACGAAUGAACAGCACCUUUCAGCACGCGCGUCAGACCCCACGUGCUCUGCGUGGGCUUUUGCAUCCUUGUCUAUUUCGUCUGUCUUUGGAAAUACCUCCAAUGUCAUCUCCGACGAUUCUUAAUGCAAUUGGCGAUCGGUAAGAUCUAUAAAGAUGGGCACAUCGGUUCUUUGGAGGCGAGGGAUUUCACUCCAGUCCGUCAAAAUUAGGCAACAUUGCCUCCUCACACUCAAACCCAAUGAAGGGCUUUAAGGGGCUUGCGCUCAUUGCUUGGGUAGAAAUUGGUCUGGCUACUCGCAACGACUUCAAUGUGCUGAAGCACUUAGGUGGGAGCAGCCCAUGGUUUUCCGGUCCUGAGUUGACAGGUAUAUCCUCUGAAGUCCCUUCGGGAUGCGUUAUUGAUCAGGCCGCCUUCGUCUCGCGACAUGGCAGCCGGUAUCCGGAUCAAGGUGCCUAUAAUGAAUGGGUGAAUCUCUCUUCACGGAUUCAUGCAGCCAAAUUCGCCGUUCUCGACGAGAACCUCAAGUUUCUUUCAUCCUGGCUACCUGUAUUGAAGCACCCCGCCGAAGAGGUCGCCCAAAUAUCUACCACAGGGUACAAGGAACUGUACGAUAUGGGCGCCACGUACCGUCUUCGGUACCCCAAUCUCUAUGUCUACAACACCAAUUUCACCCUCUGGAGUAACUACUACUCCUCAAGCCCGCGCGUUCGAGAUAGCGCACGUCUCUUUGCGCGAGGGUUUUUGGGUCCCAAUGCAACCGACCUAGGGUCAAUAUUUGCGAUCAAUGCCAGCGAUCCCCGAUCGUUCAUGAAUUCCCUUGCUCCCUCGGACCUUUGCCCUGCGUAUUCUGACAACAGUGGCGGUAUUCAGAAAGACACCUGGGAUAACAUCUAUCUCCCGCCUAUUCAGACGCGUCUGAACAAGCUCAUCCGCGGAGACUUCCAAUUCACACAAAAAGACGUCAAUAUCAUUCCAUACAUAUGCGGCUUUGAAACGCAAAUUACAGGCUUCACUUCACCGUGGUGUUCCAUCUUUACAGAGGAAGAGAUUUUGCAAUAUGAGUAUGCGCAGGAUCUCCGUUAUUGGUAUGGUACUGGGCUCGGUACGGAUAUCGAAAAGUACAUGAUGGUACCUGUGCUGGAUGGGCUUGUUCAGCGAUUUGUGGAUGGACCUGAUGCGAUGUAUAAGAACUCAGAUGGCUCAGCGUUUAUGCCUCCCCAGCUCAUUGCUGCUUUCUCAAACGACGGACAGAUCAAUCAGCUCGCAGCAGCAAUUGGCGUGUUCGAAGAUGAGAGCGAUCUCCCUGCGAAGAGAAUUCCGAAGAAUAGAUUAUUCAAGGCGAGCAAUUUCGUUACUAUGCGUGGAACUAUUUGCUUCGAGCGCCUUCUCUGCUCCGGUCAAAGAAAUGGAAAUGCGACCUACAUGCGAAUACGACUCAACGACGUCGUGUACCCCGUUGCUAACUGCCAGUCUGGCCCUGGGAAGUCUUGCCCGUUGGGCCAGUAUCAGACGCUUGUGAAGAACAAACUCGAGCGCGCUGGAAACUUCUCGCAUGCAUGCCAUGUCACGAAUCCAGCCGUCCCUGCUAGAAGCAACAGCGCGACAUUCUUUACCGAUGUCAAGUUAUCAUUCGAAACCCUCGUCAGGCCGUAA